UUUAGCAGGAAACACGUCUCCUCGGUGCAGCAUUUUUUUUUUUAAAUUAGGAAGGAGUGAAUUGCAGGAACUCAAAGAUUGCUUCGAAUGGCAAAGGUAGUUUGCGUGACUGGAGCUGGUGGUUUCAUUGCCUCGUGGAUCGUUCGUGAUCUUCUGAAGAAAGGCUGUACGGUUCAUGGCACUGUCCGCGAUCCAGAUAACGCCAAGUAUGGACAUCUAAAGCAAUUGGAUGGAAGCGAGAGACUCAAACUACAUAAAGCUGAUGUUCUUGACUACGAUUCAAUCGCUGACGCGAUUCGGGACUGUGAAGUUGUGUUCCACACCGCUUGCCCUGUAACCAUAUCGCCUGAGAAUCCAGAUGAUGUUUUGGUGCCAGCAAUCACCGGCACUCGCAACGUCUUGAAAGCCUGCGCACAGGAGGGGAUCAAACGGGUCAUCGUCACGUCGUCCAUGGCUGCAGUUCUGUUCGAUCCGAAUCGGCCUAGGGAAAGAAUUGUCGAUGAGAGCUGCUGGUCUGAUAUUGACCUCUGCGGGAAGAUGAAGGUAUGGUAUGUGGUAGCCAAGACGGAGUCUGAGAAGCUAGCGUGGAGUCUCUCCAAGGAGUACGGCCUUGACCUCAUCACGAUCUGCCCCUCGUACGUGUUUGGCCCGAUGCUCCAGCCAACGCUGAAUUUCAGCAGUGAGGUCUUGAAGGUUCUCGUGGAUGGUAGCCAAAGCAGCUAUGCCGAUGUGUCCAUCUCAGUUGUGGACGUGAGAGACGUCUCAAAAGCUCACAUUAAGGCCAUGGACAAGGAGGAGGCCUCGGGCCGCUAUCUCUGCGUGGAAAGUGUGGUGUCCAACAGGGAAAUCAUCGAGAUUCUCAAGGCCAAGUUCCCUCAGCUUCCAUAUCCAAAAGAGUGCGUUGCUGACAAGAGCGGUUUGAGUGAAUACGGCGGUAAUCCCGAGAAAAUAGCAAAGAAGAAGAUCAUGGAGCUGAUUACUGAAUUCGACAUACCACUCGAACGAAUGCUGUAUGACACAGUCUCCGAUAUGCGAGACAAGGGAUUGUUACCUUAGUUUCAUCUUCACAAGUCGAUACGGUCGUCAGGAACACAGCGUGCUUGACCUGUCGAGGCUGGACGAAAUAAUGCGAGCUUUCAAACUCUACAUUAGAUUCAUAUGGAUAGUUUUUCCACACUACAUUUCUCUUCAUUUCUUUGUUUCGACGGUCGUAUUUUUCUCAAGACUGGGAAGAAAGAUAAAAGGGAAAAAAUAAAAUGA